AUGUAAAUUUGUAGAUUAUUAAAAUGUAAUUUAAGUUUAAGUGAUCUCAGGAUAGCAUAACAUCAAACAUAUGUUUAAUUAGUUUUAAUUAAAACAUCAAUUUACACCUAAUAUGGUAAUAAACUAAUUAAUUAUUCUUAUUCUUUCCUAAAACUUUUGAUUUUACUUAUAAAAAAUACUUAAUCUAAAAUCUCCAUUUGUGUUUGUUAAGAAUUAGAAGAAUCUUUUGUUAGGAGAUUAACUCAGAGAAUAAAAAAUAGUAAAAUAAAAGUAAUUAAACAAUAAAAAUAUUGUAGAGAAUAAUGAACUGA